GGCCAGCUGCUUUGUCGUCUUUCUGAUGGAAAAGGGAAAGGAAGUCUGGAAUAAGAUGAUCAAUCUUCUUCAAACCAUAAAUCCUUCACUUUCCUUUGAGGUGGCUGUGUCACCCAGUCCAUCUGCUGAAAAAGAUGGUGGUCUGCAGGAGGCCCUAGAUGAACAUAAGACCAGUCUGAGGAGCAGAUGUGAACAUGUGACUGAAGGAACUGAUGAAACAGGAAGUAGAACCCUCCUCAACAGGAUCUACACGGAGCUCUUCAUCACAGAGGGACUGAGUGAUGAUACCCAACAUGAGGUGAGGCAGCUGGAGACAGCUUCCAGGAUGAAGAGCCGCCAUGACGCUCCAAUCAGGUGCCAGGACAUCUUUAAAGCCUUGUCUGACCAACGUGGAGCCAUCAGAGUGGUUCUGACCAACGGCGUCGCUGGCGCUGGGAAAACCUUCUCGGUUCAGAAGUUCUCUCUGGACUGGGCCGAGGGCUCGGAGAACCAAGACAAGCUCACAGCAGAGCAGCUGGCUGCCGGGAAACCGUUGUUCAUCUUUGACGGCCUGGAUGAAAGCAGACGUUCCCUGGACUUCAACAACGGUCCGGUGGUGUCUGACGUCACACAGAGCUCAUCGGUCAACGUGCUGCUGACCAACCUCAUCCAGGGGAACCUGCUUCCCUCAGCUCUCAUCUGGAUCACUUCCAGACCUGCAGCAGCCAAUCAGAUCCCUCACAAACACGUGGACAGGGUGACAGAAGUACGAGGCUUCACCGACGGCCAGAAGGAGGAAUACUUCAGGAGGAGGUUCAGGGAUGAAGAGCGGUCCAGCAGCAUCGUCUCCCACAUGAAGACAUCCAGAACCCUCCACAUCAUGUGUCAACUCCCGGUCUUCUGCUGGAUCACUGCUACAGUUCUGGACCACAUGUUGACCACGGAGCAGAGAGGAGAGCUGCCCAAGACCCUGACUGACAUGUUCUCCCACUUCCUGCUGGUCCAGACCAAGAGGAAGAGGAACAAGUACCAGGAGGGACGUGAGACGAGUCCACAGGAGCUGACGGAGGCUGACAGGGACCUUCUCCUGAAGCUGGGGAGGCUGGCGUUGGAACAUCUGGAGAAAGGAAACAUCAUGUUCUACCAAGAAGACCUGGAGCAGUGUGGUCUGGAUGUCCCAGAGGCCUCGGUGUACUCAGGAGUUUGUACCCAGAUCUUCAGGAGAGAGCGUGAGGACUUCCAGAAACCCGUCUACUGCUUUGUUCAUCUGAGCAUCCAGGAGUUCCUGGCUGCAGUCUACGUGCUCCACUGUUGCUCCACCAGGAACACAGAUGUGCUGGAGAACUUCCUGGGAGAAGACUACGGAGACUCAUCUCUGGAUGACUUCCUGAAGAGAGUCAUGCAGAAAUCCCUGAAGAGUAAAAAUGGCCACCUGGACCUGUUUGUCCGCUUCCUUCAUGGUCUUUCUGUGGAGUCCAACCAGAGACUGUUAGGAGGUCUGCUGAAGCAGAUGGAGAACGAUCCAGAAACCAUCCAGAGAGUCAUCAACAACCUGAAGAAGAUGAACACUGAUGGAAUCUCUCCUGACAGAAGCAUCAACAUGUUCCAGUGUCUGGUGGAGAUGAACGACCUCUCAGUUCAUCAGCAGAUCCAAGAGUUCCUGAAGUCAGAGAACAGAUCAGAGCAGAGACUCUCUGAGAUCCAGUGUUCAGGUCUGGCCUACAUGCUGCAGAUGUCAGAGGAGGUUCUGGAUGAGUUGGACCUGAGCAAGUACAAGACAACACCAGAGGGUCGACGGAGACUGAUUCCAGCUGUGAGGAACUGCAGAAAGGCUCGAUUUGUUAAUUGUGGACUCUCAGAGACUGACUGUGAAGUUGUUGCGUCCGCUCUGAAGUCCAACCCCUCCCAUCUGACACAACUGGACCUGAGUGAGAACCCGGACCUGCAGGAUUCAGGAGUGAAGGUUCUGUCUGGUGGACUGGAGAGUCCAAACUGUAGACUGGAGACUCUGAGGUUGAGGAACUGCGGCCUGUCAGAGAUCAGCUGUUCUUCUCUGGUCUCAGCUCUGAAGUCCAACCCCUCCCAUCUGAAACUUCUGGACCUGACUCACAACAACCUGCAGGAUUCAGGAGUGGAACAUCUGUGUGGUUUCCUGGAGAGUCCAGACUGCAGACUGGAGACUCUGAGGUUGUUGGGCUGCGGUCUGUCAGAGAUCAGCUGUUCUUCUCUGGUCUCAGCUCUGAAGUCCAACCCCUCCCACCUGAAACAUCUGGACCUGAGUGGGAACAACCUGCAGGAUUCAGGAGUGAAACAUCUGUGUGGUUUCCUGGAGAGUCCAAACUGUAGACUGGAGACUCUGCGGUUGAUGUGCUGCGGUCUGUCAGAGAUCAGCUGUUCUUCUCUGGUCUCAGCUCUGAAGUCCAACCCCUCCCAUCUGAAACAUCUGUACCUGAGUUACAACCAGAACCUGAAGGAUUCAGGAGUGAAACAUCUGUGUGGUUUCCUGGAGAGUCCAGACUGCAGACUGGAGACUCUGUGGUUGGAGGACUGCGGUCUGUCAGAGAUCAGCUGUUCUUCUCUGGUCUCAGCUCUGAAGUCUAACCUCUCCCAUCUGAAACAUCUGGACCUGAGCAGGAACAAGCUUCAGGCUGCAGAUGUGGAGCAGCUGUCUGGUCUGGUGCAGAGUCCAGACUACCAGCUGAAGGAUCUCAGAAAUAAAGGUGUAUUCCAGCUGACAGCCUUCCAGGAUCUGGAACUGGUGAGAGUGAACAGGACGGUGUUUGUGCUGAGAGGAUGA